AAAACUGCGAUGGUGUACAGUUUUGGUUAAAUUUUGGGCAUUUUCGGCCCUCUCUCGAGUAUUGAUUUCUAAGCACUCUCCCCCGUUUCAACAGAUAUCGGAGUUCCUUCUCACUCUCUUCAAAACCAUAACGGAAACACAGAGCGAGAGAGUGUGUGUGUGUGUGUGCGUGUUUUAGAGAGAGAGUGUUGCAGAGAGAGAAAUGAUUUUCUCUUUCUAGAAUGGGCUCUGGUUCUUCGUUACACUAUCAAUUCCCUUAACAUUCUCUGGUCUUAUGCCUCAAUUUUCAGAUCUACAAGCUUGAUCGAUCUAUUUCAGAGUUGCUACUUCUAGAUCUGAAGGUACGCCUUAGUUUCUCGUUCUCUCUCAUCCAGAUCUGAUACUUCAAUUGAAUUUCCUUACUAUUUGGAUCAGAGAAGGAAAAGUAGGAUUUAGUCUACUAUUCUGAAGAAUUUGCCAUCGAAAAACUAGGGUUUAGUAUUCUUCUCUUGAAGAAUUCACCAUUACAAAAAUGGAGAAAUCGUGUAGCCUUUUGAUCCAUUUUGAUAAGGGAACCCCUGCCCUAGCUAAUGAGAUCAAGGAAGCCCUAGAAGGAAAUGAUCUUUCCCUUAAGAUUGAAGCUCUAAAAAAAGCGAUCAUGCUUUUGCUCAAUGGAGAAACCCUACCUCAAUUGUUCAUCACCAUUGUUCGAUAUGUUUUGCCCUCCGAGGAUCAUACAGUUCAGAAACUCCUUCUCCUGUAUCUCGAAAUCAUCGAUAAGACUGAUUCUAAAGGGAAGGUCUUACCUGAAAUGAUCCUGAUCUGUCAAAACCUCAGGAACAAUCUUCAACACCCAAAUGAAUACAUCAGGGGUGUUACCCUCCGAUUUCUAUGUCGAUUAUCUGAAACCGAGCUCAUUGAGCCAUUGAUUCCCUCUGUUCUUGCGAAUUUGGAGCAUCGCCAUGCUUAUAUUCGUAAAAACGCGAUUUUGGCUAUAAUGUCGAUCUAUAAGCUCCCUCAAGGGGAGCAGCUCUUGGUCGAUGCACCAGAAAUGAUGGAGAAAACACUUAUGUCAGAGCAAGACCCAAGUGCAAAGCGAAAUGCAUUUCUCAUGCUUUUCACUUGCGCUCAAGAUCGAGCAGUGAAUUAUCUUCUCUCUCAUCUUGAUAGUGUUCCACAGUGGAAUGAGCUCCUUCAAAUGGUGGUUUUGGAGCUGAUUCGUAAGGUUUGUAGAGCAAAUCCAGGUGAGAAGGGGAAAUAUAUUAAGGUGAUCAUAUCUCUCCUCAAUUCUCCUUCAACUGCUGUUAUUUAUGAGUGUGCUAGUACACUUGUUUCUCUCUCAUCUGCCCCUACUGCCAUUAGAGCAGCUGCGAAUACAUAUUGUCAGUUGUUGCUCUCCCAGAGUGAUAACAAUGUGAAGCUUAUAGUGCUCGAUCGGCUUAAUGAGCUCAAAAUCUCACAUAGAGAGGUCAUGAUGGAUAUGAUAAUGGAUGUUCUCAGAGCUCUUUCGAGCCCCAAUGUUGAUAUUCGAAGGAAAACACUUGAUAUAGCCUUAGAAUUGAUCACUCCGAGAAACAUUGACGAGGUUGUUCUCACUCUAAAGAAGGAGGUCAUGAAAACUCAGAGUGGGGAGCUCGAGAAGAAUGGGGAAUAUAGGCAAAUGCUGGUUCAAGCCAUCCAUUCAUGUGCUGUGAAGUUCCCUGAGGUGGCGAGCACAGUUGUGCAUUUGUUGAUGGAUUUCUUAGGCGACACCAAUGUUGCUUCCGCCAUGGAUGUGGUUUUGUUUGUUCGAGAGAUAGUCGAGACCAACCCAAAACUUAGGGUCUCCAUAAUAACCAGGCUUUUGGAUACGUUUUAUCAGAUCCGAGCUUCCAGGGUUUGCUCCUGUGCUCUUUGGAUAAUUGGGGAGUAUUGCCUCUCUCUAUCUGAAGUUGAGAGUGCCAUCUCGACAAUCAAGCAAUGCCUUGGGGACUUGCCAUUUUACACUGCAACAGAAGAAGGAGAAGGUGGGGUGGAUUCAAAAGGCUCAAACGCUAACCGAACGCAACAGGCAACCUCCAUUACUGUAUCUUCUCGAAGGCCUGCAAUUCUGGCAGAUGGAACUUAUGCAACGCAAAGUGCUGCUUCUGAAACUGCUUUCUCAGCACCCACACUUGUCCAAGGAUCAUUGGCCUCUCCUGGUAACCUGAGGUCAUUGAUUCUUACUGGGGAUUUCUUUCUUGGGGCAACUGUGGCAUGUACAUUGACCAAACUUGUCCUUAGGUUAGAAGAGGUGCAACCAUCCAAAGCCGAAGUGAAUAAGGUUUCAGUUGGGGCCUUAUUGGUCAUGGUCUCAAUGCUCCAAUUGGGUCAAUCUUCAUUUCUCCCUCACCCCAUUGAUAACGAUUCCUAUGAUAGGACCAUUCUUUGCAUAAGGCUUUUGUGUAGUACUGGUGACGAGGUUCGGAAGGUGUGGCUGCAAUCGUGUCGCCAGAGCUUUGUGAAGAUGCUUGCAGAUAAGCAGUUCCGAGAAAUAGAGGAGAUCAAGGCAAAGGCCCAGAUAUCACACGCCCAACCGGAUGAUCUCAUUGACUUCUACCAUUUGAAGAGUAGGAAGGGCAUGAGUCAGCUUGAACUAGAAGAUGAAGUGCAGGAUGAUCUGAAGAGAGCCACGGGAGAGUUCACAAAGGAUGGGGAUGAUACCAACAAAUUGAACCGCAUCCUUCAACUCACAGGUUUCAGCGACCCUGUCUAUGCUGAAGCAUAUGUAACUGUUCACCAAUAUGACAUUGUAUUGGAUGUCACGAUCAUUAAUCGAACAAAGGAAACCCUUCAAAACCUGUGCUUGGAACUCGCAACCAUGGGUGAUCUCAAGCUAGUCGAGCGACCCCAGAAUUACACCCUCGCCCCAGAAUCGAGCAAGCAGAUUCGUGCCAACAUAAAAGUUUCUUCCACUGAAACAGGGGUCAUAUUUGGAAACAUUGUGUAUGAGACAUCCAAUGUGCUUGAUCGAACUGUUGUGGUCCUUAAUGAUAUACACAUUGACAUCAUGGACUAUAUUUCUCCUGCAAGUUGUGCUGAUGUGCAAUUCAGAAACAUGUGGGCCGAGUUUGAAUGGGAGAACAAGGUAGCUGUGAACACUGUGAUUCAAGAUGAGAAGGAAUUUCUGGACCACAUUGUCAAGUCGACAAACAUGAAAUGCCUCACACCAUUGUCUGCGCUGGAAGGAGAUUGUGGAUUUUUGGCAGCUAACCUCUAUGCAAAGAGCGUGUUUGGGGAGGACGCCCUCGUGAAUGUUAGUGUGGAGAAGACGCCAAAUGGGAAGCUGAGCGGGUACAUAAGAAUAAGGAGCAAGACUCAAGGGAUAGCCCUUAGUCUAGGGGACAAGAUCACUCUUAAGCAGAAGGGUGGUUAAAUCUUCUCCAAGAUCUUUGAGGUAAACAAGCCGGGCAGGAUAUUCUUAAAUGUUACAUCUUAUCAAAUCCAAGAAUUUGUACUUUUUCUCGUCCUUUUUUUAACCCUGUUUUGGGUAAUUGCUAGGAACAUAAAACUGCAAAUUUUGCUGGGUUUAGAGAGAUUUUUUUUUCGGGGUGUUUCAUUUUCAUGAGAGGUAUGUGCAAGAGGAUUAGAAAUCUAUUGAUGCUCUAAUGCAGUUGGGAUUUCUCUUAUUAUUGUUAUUUCUUAUUCUGCCGGACCAUACAGGAGGUAAAGCUUUUGUAUUUUUUGGGUUGCUUGCAUAUUCUUGGAAGCAAAGUUAUUGUGAAGUAUGGAAUUAGUAGUCUCCAAUUAUGAUAUCGGACUCACCCAAAAUUGUGAUCUAUAAUAUCAAACAAGUGACACGGUGAAA